AUGAGUGCAUUUGACUCGAGAAUACUUGGGCUCUCCCUACAGGACACUGACCUAGAUACCCUUGAUACCGCAUGCCAUUCAUUUCCCGACGUAAGGGCCAGGGCUCUUGAUUUUGCCGUGCUGUCUCUGCCUGGCUUACUGAUGAUUGACAAAGGGAUGAUCGAUGCGCGGAACCAGCUGGACCGGAGGUGCAAAUGGAAGAUUCUCAACCAAAAUGCCCUGCAAUCCCUCAUCCAUUUUCUGAACCAGGAAAACCAACGCUCGUCCGGAGAGGGCAAAUAUCAGCUAGAUCAAUCCACAGUCCACGAAUUCCAGAGCUAUUGCGGAUUAAAGUUUCCAUCAACAUAUACCUGGGAUCUCACUCUGUUUAUGCCUUGUUCGUUCGAGAGAGAGGUCAAAAAUGGGCCGAGGUCACAGAGCAGCUCGCCCAAAUAUUCCAGUACACACGAGAUCUUCUGGGAAACAGCUGACUGUUAUUUUCUGGUCACCAACUACCGCAUACGUGGAUGCCACGUCCUGAUGCUGUAG